AUGCUUGGGAAUGAGAAUCAUGGGAUUUUAGAGUCAACGUUGUGGAAUGACGAUGAUGAUGCCAAUGUAGAGCCAAUACUUGGGAAUGAGGAUCAUGGGGUUUUAAAGCCAACGCUGAUAAAUGAUGAUGAUGGGGCUCCUUUAUUUCUGCUUUCUGCUUGUUAUAAAUUUCUCGGAGGGUUCCCUAUUGUUGCUGUAGCCAGUCUACUUCUCUAUGUCGGUUGCUACCAGAUUUCAUUUGGCCCGAUCAGUUGGCUUAUGGUGUCAGAGAUAUUCCCACUUCGGACAAGACGGCGAGGGAUAAGUCUUGCAGUUCUUACUAACUUUGGCUCAAAUGCCACUGUAACCUUUGCAUUCGCCCCAUUGAAGGAUUUUUUAGGAGCGGAAAAUAUCUUCCUUCUUUUCGGGGCUAUUGCUUUGUUGUCACUUCUGUUCGUACUGCUCGUUGUCCCGGAGACCAAAGGGCUGAGCUUGGAAGAGAUUGAGUCCAAGAUUUUGAAGUGAAAACGCAAAUUGAAAAAAUGUACCAGUCGAGCUUCCAAUACACCCAAGUCGUUUUGGUUAGUCUUUGAACUUGUUUCUUUUUAUUUUUUAUUUUCUCUGUGAACUUGUAUACUAUCUUUAUACUUCAAGGUCACCUGUUUGAAGCUUCCUUGAGCCGCCUGUCUUUCCAUUUCAUAAAAGCAACCUUACUAUAUUGUACAUCAAGUAAUGGCUCUUCUGCUAAUGUACUAAUUAGCUGAUGGUAUUUUUUUAUAAUCACUCAGGCACCCAAUCAGGAUGGGUUAUGUAAAGAUUUAGAGCAUAUUAUUAGUAAUUCAUGGUUCCAACUACUGGCACUAAUCG